UUGAAAUCCAUUUUGCUCCAGCUUUCAGCCUUGGACCCUUCCCACAUUCUGACGUCAGCUGGUGUGAGUUUUCUCCCCAUCCCAGCGUCCAUCCGACGCAUUCACAUCAGCCUCCCAACAGGGAUGUGAGGCUGAACACUGAAGGCCUCAUCGUCUUCACAGCCACUCUUCAGCAUGUCUUCAGGGACUCCCUUCCUCUCAUGAUGCCUGUCUUAAACCCGCCUUCGCCUUUCCUCUCCGCCCUGCUUUGUGUCUCUGUGCUCCUACAUCCAUCGAUCCCCCAUCUGGUUUAUGUCACCCACAGCAGCUUCUUCCACUACUCCUGCAGCCAGGACCCUCCGCCCUGCAGCACCUCCCUGCUGACAGACUGCUGGUGCAAAGAAGUCCAGCUCUCCUCUCUGCACCGUCCCCAGUCGUACUCAGCUCUUGCUUUGCAGAUGAGACAUUUAACUGUCUGGUUCACAUCGCCGGCCAACGCAGCACGGCUGCUCAACCACUCCAAGGUGAAACACCUGACCCUGAUCCACUGUGGGCCUGAAGGAUCCAAAGGAUCGGCUUUGCUGUCUGUGGAGGGGCAUUUCGUCGUGCAACACCUAGAGAGGCUGACAGUGGUGAACCUGUCAGAGGGACCGUUUGGUGUUGCAAACAGAGCCAAAACCACAAACUCCAACCCAGAGAGAGAAUACGGGUCUCACUUAGACAAAAACAGAUUCAACUUGGACACCAACAUGGAUUUUAUCGAAGACGCGAUGGGAGAUUCUUUAGCUGCGUCCUCAGUUCAAGUCCAAGACAUCUUUCUGGGGAGGGAGCUCGGAGCGGCCUAUCAUGAACAGGCCCGUCUGGGAAUCAUUAACAGCUCCGUGCUGGACUGGGGGGCGAUGGCCAAAGCCUAUACGGUGAAAACACAUAUAGGCAGUGACGGCGCUCUGCCCUUCCCUGACUUGCACUUACCAAAACUACCAGAGACAUCUGAGAUAUACGUCAGCUUUGUCUACAGUUAAAGAAGAGCUUAAUGUGAAUAUUUUAUGUGAAUAUUUUCUAGAUUAAAAGACUAAACUUCCAAUCAAUCAGCAAAAGAAAGCGUACCAUAAUAUUUUUGAAAUGGGACAUAAAACUUGUUCAAGUGUAAAAAUUCUCAUAAGUGAGGAUCACAGACUCAAAACAUAUAACUAAACAUAUCCCAUAACUACAAGGUCACAAAUGAGAAAAAGCUCAUGCUGAGAUGGUCAGCUACAAAUGCUAUCGUUUUCAGGCUGUUUUAUGAUGUGUGUUGCAAUGUGACGUUUAAGAGGAUUUGUCAGCGGAUUCCGUUUUGUUUGUAACAAAGAGUCAGCAAAAACCAAAAAAAAAAAAAAAAACCCUCAACACUUUCAGCUGAUUUGGACAUUUUCUUGACCAUGUUUUCCUUCAUGUCAACUCUGCGUUCUCACUUCUGCUUCCUUCAGUCCUUUCUGAGUUUGAGGCAUCAACUGCUUUUGUUUUUUUAGAUGGUUGCAUCAGUUUCUUUUUUAAGUUAUUCCACAAGGUGGCAGCAGAUACAUUUGACCAAAAACCAAAUUGAAUCUCAAAAAACAGUACAGUAUAAUUUUGUACAUUUUUGAGCAGCUUGAUGAAUUAGCUGUAAAACAGCUGACAUGUUCUAAAAUAAAUAACUUAUACUCAUCAGUAGAUGAAGAAGCUUUGAAAUAUGCAUAUAAAAAACCCUCAGAUUAGAUUAAAAAUGAUGAAGUCAUUUAAAUCAAGCAUAGUCAGGAAGGAGUUAAACAAACAAUGAAGCAAAAUUCUGGUAAAAGAACUAAAUUAACGGUACAAUAAGCAGAAGUCAGUUGAUGUUAGUGCUAACACAGACUUUGGCUAAGCUCAGCUUAAUGUAAAUGUUGAUAUUUUGGUUAAAGCUAUUGGUAUUUAGCUGAAUAAUGAUUUUUUUUUUUUGUUAAAAAAAGAGAACACCCGUCUUAGCCAGUAGCAAAGUAAACAGAGAGAAGCUGAAUCCUUUUUGUCUAGGACUGUCUGUUAUAAAAUACAGGUUAUGCGUUCUAGGCAGACACAAAAAGUGUUAAGCCCUCAGGUAAAGGACUUUUUAGUAAUGCAUUUACAUUUUUUGCUCUUCAAACAACAUGCUCUUCCAUGUAAACCUUUUUUUAUGUGAAAAGUCUUACUAGAUGAUUUAAUUGUUUAAAAAAAAGCUUUGAAAUACAAAAACAGUCCUGAAAAACAAUUAAAUACUAAGGAAUUAUAUUAAUAUUAAGUGAAAAUGCUGUCAAAUAUACAUUUUUCUAUGGGAUUACUCACAUCAGAAACUUUAACUACUGGCUACUAAGCAUAACCCUGAACAAAUAAUUUCAAUCAGAAACAAUGAGCCAGACACCAUUAGAAUAAUAAAGCAGGCUUCUAUUUAAUCUAGUAAUGUAAAUCUUUAUUCUUUCUUUUUAAUAUAAAUAUUGGAUUUCAGUUCUUUUACAUUAUAGAAACAAAAUAGCUGGUAAUCCUGGGUUUUCUCAUUUUUGUAAGAAAGAAAGAGUUUGUUUUUUGGAAUAAUUUGGAAACGAAUUCAAAAUAUUUGACCCGUUUUACCAAACAGUGAAGUUGUCGUCACCCAAAUAUAAGUUCUAGGGGUUUUUGUAGAUUAAAUCCAACAAUUUCAAAUGAAUGUGUUUUAAUUUCACAAAUUCUUGGAGUGAAACUUUUAUUCUCUCUGUUAUCCACUCCUCAAGUAAUCUAAAAGAAGUAAUUCCACAUAAAAGGAAGACAGGUCCUAUAUGAGGGGCAUUUUCAGUUUGUUGAAACUACUUUUUUUUGGAACGCUUCGAAUUUUUUCUCUUUCUUAAUGUUGAAAAUUUUUCAGUGUAAUAUUUUUUCUUAUUUAAUUAAAAAAAAAAUGUUACAUUUACUUUAUUUAGGAUUUGUAAAAACGACUUUUGAAAAAGAAACAAAGAAAUGAUCUGGACCAAGGGUAAAAAAAGAGGGUCCUGAAUCUGCUCCAAACCCCAGGAAGUCAUAGACAAGUCCUGUCAGGAGCUGCAGCGCACUUCACCUCUGCAUAGACCUCAGCAUCCCUUUAGCUGGUUUGCUGCAGCCCAAACCUCAUUCGCUGCUGCAGCUGAAACUCAUCUGUUCACAGCUCAGGUCCCUUCAGCAGAUCCAAGGUGACUAUUCCAUCAAAUGUGAUCUUGCAAAGGUGCCCUGCAACAUUUGUUUCUUUUGUAAAAAAUCACACCAACUGUUCCCACCAAGCUGGUUGGUUGCUCAGUCCAGUCUUGUGUAGGUCUACAACAUUGUCUUUGACAUCUUUGAACAUAUUGAGAAUUUUAAAAGCUGAGUAAGCCUUUUCUUUUUUGUGGGCAGGUGUCUUUUAACCAAUUUAAGGUUCGGAGUACAUUAAUUAUAAGAUUUAUGCUAAUCUUAGUUUAUACCUUCAACGAAAUGCUCUUUGAAGGCCCACAAUCUAACUGAUUGACGAGCAACUGAAUAAUUACUUCAGACAGGUUGGCGGUCUGUCGCAGGGCCACAAAUCACACCAUGAACACUCACAUUCACACCUAAAGUAUAGACAAUUUAGAGUAACCAAUUCACUAUGAAGCAUGUUUUUGGACGGUGGGAGGAAGCCAGAGUCCCCGGAAAAAACCCACACAUGCAUGGGGAGAACAUGCAAACUCCACACAGAAAAGUCUCUCACUGGUGUUCUGCUUCAGAGCGCUAACCACUAUGCCACUGUAUAGCCACCAUUAAAAGUCCAUUUAAAAAAAGUUUUUCACUGCUUUUUCUAUGUUUCUUUCUGUAUAAAUGCCACACCCCUUUAAACACCGGCAGUAAUAAACCCACUUGUCUGUUUGUGUGUUAAAGUGUGGGUACAACGGAAAGGUACUGUAGAUGGGGGGAGUUGUAAUGGUUUGUAAUGAAAAUUCUAACCACCAGAUGGCAGUGUGAUCUAUUUCCCCGAGGCUGGGACAGAAUAGAAAUAUCAGACAAUAAAAAAAAUGCAGCUCAAAGCUGUUUGUAUCACAGCAGGUUUGACUGUAAAACAAAGGGAUAAGUUGACCUUCAUGAUCAGUGUCAGGUCUCCAUCUGGAAGAAGCUUUGAAGCUCCUGAACAGAAAUGGGAAAACACGAUCUUUGUUUAAAUUGCUUGAAUUUCUUAUUUAUUUCAAUUAAUGAGCUAUAAUUCUAGGCAAAAAAUGUUCACAUGAAACUUUAUGCAUCUUAAGCAAAAAUAGAAGAUUUUACUUAGAAGCACCCUCUGCAGUUUCCUGCGUUCCUUUCCUUUAGCGUCGUCAUGGUUCAAACACCAAAUAUUUACUCUGCAAACUUUUCCAACACAACUUCCUGUGUCUUAAGUUUUGUGUACAUGUCUGCUGCAAACAUAAAAACAUUCUGCCUUGUUUUCUUAUGGUUGCGAAUUAUUUUUCUGUUUCAAAUUUUACAAGUCAUGAAGAUUCACAGAGGACAGCAUCUCACUCCUGUAGUUGUUUUGUAGGAAAUGAUUAAACAAACUAUAUUAGGGACACAACACAGCUGAUAACAUGAUCAAACUACGGCUAAAGUCAUAUUUUAAUUCAACGUUGUGUUCCUCAAAAGUCCUUUAAAAAAAUGGACAGCUUAAACAAUUAAAAAAUGAGUAGAGCAAGGUAACUCUUACCUUCUUCAAUGCAGAAACACUAAACAAAAAGGAAAAAAAGAACAUCCAUCCAUCCAUCUUUAGAACCUGCUGAAUCCCUUUUGGGGUGAAUGGGGUUACUGGAGCCAACUAAUGGGCAAAGGUGGAGUACACCCCAAUAGCUUGUAAAGUUCCACCACCAACACACACUCACCUAAGUGACCGUCUAGAAUAAAAAAAAUCCAUCGAGGAUUGGGAGGAAGCCGGAGUGAAAACCCACGCAUGAAGAACCCACAGCCGGGAUUUGAACCAGGACCAUAUCACUGUUAGGUGACAAGGCCUUUGCUCAGCAGAUGAAGCGGUGCACCCACAGGGGAAGUUCCACUGCCUAAUAUGCUAACAUGAGGCUUCCAUGUUUUAGCAUGUUGUUUGACUGGUCAGCAUGUGACAGAAAUAGGUUGAGGCUUUUUUCUGUCCUGUCUGUCCUGAAAAUCAAACUGAUCCAAUUAAGUUAAUCAUUAAUU